AUGAAAAAUGAUAAUAUAGAAUCAUGGGAUAACUUUUUUUUUAGAAUAUUUCCUUUCUUAAAAUUAAUUUGUAAUUAUAAUUAUAAAGAAUAUUUAAGUGGUGAUAUUAUAUCUGGUGUGACAGUUGGAAUUGUUGUAAUCCCACAAGCCUUAUCAUAUGCUUUACUAACUAAUGUUGAUCCAGUUUAUGGUUUAUAUACCUCUUUUUUUGCUGUACUUUUUUAUAUGAUAUUUGGGACAUCAAAGUUUAUCUCUUUAGGACCUUUUGCUAUCAUAUCCUUGAUGACUGGUGUGGCGGUAAAUAAUAUUGUUACAAAACUUGAAAUUAUUAAAAAUACAGAAAAAGUUGAGUAUCUUCAAAUUCAUGAAAAUGAACACAUUGAUUUGUAUAAUUUUACAAAAAUGUUUCAAAAAGAUUAUGAAAAUAUAGAAAAAAUUACAAUUGUCACAACAAUGGUAUUUUUUGUUGGAAUAUUACAAAUUGUUAUGGGUUUAUUUAGACUUGGAUUUUUAGCGUCCUACUUGUCAGAUCAAGUUGUAUCGGGAUUUUCUGUUGGUGCAGCUGUUCAUGUUUGUAUUGCACAAGCAAGUAAACUUUUUCAAAUUAAAACUAGAAUUAACCAUGGUCCUGGAAAUAUUUUAAGGAAAACAUUUGAUAUAUUUUGGAAUUUGAAAAAUAUGAAUAAAAUUGGAGGAAUCUUAUCACUUUUUUCAUUCAUUGUUUUAUAUAUUGGUAAAGAUAUUAUAAAUCCAAGAAUUAAAAAGAAAUUUAAGUGUAUUAUUCCUUUUGAAUUAAUACUUAUUUUAACAAGUACCAUACUAUCAUAUUAUUUUUCUUUUAAUUCAGAAUAUGAAUUAGAAGUUGUUGAUCAUGUACCAACUGGAUUUGCAUUUGCAGUUAUACCAAAAAUUUCAUUACUUCCAUAUAUGGUUGGAGAAAUUUUUGAAAUUGCAUUUGUUGCAUUUGCAAUUCAUUUAUCAAUGUGCAAAAUAUUUAAUAGAAAACUUGGUACAAAAUGUGACAAUAAUCAAGAGUUAGUAGCAAUUGGAUUAACGAGUUUUUUAUCUUCAUUUUUUUGUGUUUAUCCUGUUACAUCGGCACUUGGACGGUCAAUUCUUAAUGUAGAAUGUGGUGCUAAUACACAAUUAUCAGCUUUAUUUACAGUACUACUAAUUUUAAUUGUUAUUUUAUUUUUGGCUCCAUUACUAGCAUCAUUACCAAUGUGUAUAUUAGCAGUAAUAAUUAUUUAUUCAACAAAAUCUGUCUUUAAAAAAGUAAAAGAAUUAAAGGUAUUAUGGAAAAUUUCAAAAAUAGAUUUUUCAAUAUGGAUUGUCAGUUUUAUUUCAACAACAUUUUUUAAUCUAAUGGAAGGAUUAUUGAUAUCAAUAGGAUAUGCCUUAAUUACAACUGUUUUUAGAAUUCAAUGGCCACGUUGGUAUACAUUAUCACAACUUACUGGAACAGAAGAAUAUAGAGAUACAGGAAGGUAUGGUAGAGUUACAGAUCUGGAUAAUAUUGUUAUUUUUCGAUUUGAUGCUCCAUUACUUUUUACCAAUGUUGAACAUUUUCAAAAUUCAAUUAAUAAAGUUAUUUGGAAAAAAAAAAGUAAAAAAGAAAUAAAUAAUGAUGUUAUAGAAAUAAAAAAAAUUCCUGAAAAACGUUUAUCAUUAAAAAUUACACCUUUGAUGGGACAUUCAAAUACCAAAAAAAUAACUACUACCAAAGGAAUCGUAAAUUAUUUAAUUGUUGAUUGUUCAGGUUUCACAUUUAUUGAUAUUACAAGUAUAACAUCAUUAAUAGAUUUAUUUCAUCAACUAGGAAAAACUGGUGUUACAACAUACUUUGCUGGAGCAAAAGCACCUAUCAGAGAUAUAUUAGAAAGGGCAAAUUUUUUUGAAAAAGUACCAAAGAAAUUCUUUUUUCCAACAAUUCAUGAUGCUGUACUGGCAGCUGGAAAUACCUUUUCAUAUAAAUAUUCUUUACUUUUUCCUCCAUCAUCAGCAUCAAAAUGUAAUAAGAAGAAGGGUGUAUUUUUUGAAAAAGAAUUAGAGGAACAAAAUAUUGAUGCUACUGAAUCAUUAUCAAUGAAUAGUGUUUUAUAUAAAAUUUAUGAAUCAGAUACAAAAUAG